GCGAUGUUUUAUUGAACGUUGCGCGCGCACCCUUUUGCCCUGUUUAGUCGGUAAAACAGAUCAAAUAACAGGGGGAAACUUCGGUCGAUUAUUUAGUGGGACGAUAAUGAUUUCCGAGAUGAGUUGAAACCGAUAUUAAUACUUAGAAGAAAUAUUUUUUAAUAUCUGUUGACAAAUUAGCUGUGCUAAUUGCGGUACAAUUAAUCAUUAACGGUUUUUAACAUUCCAUUUACAAAACAAUCAUUAAAUUAAAUCGCAAGUUACGCAAAAUGGACGUAGAAGUUAGAAGAAAACAAGUGUCCCCUGAGCAGUUGACUGCUCUUCUAGAGUUCUUAAAAGGGCACGUUGAUUUGGCCAAGGGUCUCUCACGGGGCCGCCGACGUCGAGGCAAGUUUCACACCAUCAAGACAUGGAACUCAUGUGCUAAGAAGCUAAACGGAAUUAAAAACGGAGCUGUGAAAGACGGAAAGGCCUGGUCUAAGUACUGGUGUGACUGGAAGUACCGUGUCAAACGUCGAGCUCUAGAGUUGAAGGUGUUUAAGGAAAGUAACAGACCGCUGCCAGAGGGCAUGCUGCCUUUAUCACCGAUGGAGGAAACCAUUAUGAAUAUUAUCGGAGAAAGCAUGGAGGGUGUGAUGAUUGUUAAUGAUCCAUUGGCUGAAGCGAGCUUAGAUGAAGCAAUACAGAAUUACGCAGAUAAUAAUGAAGAUAGUGCUAUCAAUCAGUAUUUCGAGCAACCUUCAACCAGCGGUACUAAAAGACGACGUGGUAUGGAUAACUUUGCUGGAUCAGUUGCCGCAGAGCGGCGGAAACCGUCAUUUGAUUCUGCAAGUGGAGAUCUUGAAUACGCCCAAGGUAUUGAAACAAGAUCGUCAAAGAGGCUUAAGUUGCGGCAAUCAUCAAUCAACUCCUUAGAGACUGAUUCAAACAGCCAGUCUGAAACUAAACCGGAAGUUCCAAAUACGGACUCAGAUGGCAACGAUAAAGCCGCAUUAUUCCUGAAUCUGGAACGACAAAAGAUAUUUGAAAAUGGAAAGAUAGUGCGAUCACUAGAAAUGAUUCACGGCGAGAUCACUCGACUGGCUACCAUAAUGUCGGAGAUCAAAGACUGCUUGAGCAAGCACUACCGUCCCAUGAGUGUUAACUAAUUUAUACGUUAAUCCCUUAUAUUAAGGCUUAGUAUUCUUUGACUGUAUUAUAUGUAAACUAUGUGAUAUUCAGAAUUAUUUAUUAUAUAAUACCCGUUUGGUAUGUGAAUUACGUUUUAGUCAUUAUUUUAAGUAGGUUUAUAAGAAUUUAGUUGAUAUAAUUUUGAUGACUGAUUUUUACUUUAGAGUACUUUAGGUAUGUUUAGUUACGGAGUUUUGGUCGUGUUUAAUAAUAUGUUUCAAUUUUGGACAGUUAAAAACUUAAAUUUAUUCAUUUG